AUGGCGGAUCCCGCCGAGUGCAGCAUCAAAGUGAUGUGCCGGUUCCGGCCCCUCAACGAGGCGGAGAUCCUCCGCGGGGACAAAUUCAUCCCCAAAUUCAAGGGCGAGGAGACGGUGGUCAUCGGGCAAGGGAAGCCGUAUGUCUUUGAUAGAGUGUUACCUCCUAAUACAACCCAGGAACAAGUUUAUAAUGCCUGUGCCAAGCAGAUUGUUAAAGAUGUUCUUGAAGGCUACAAUGGCACAAUCUUUGCUUAUGGACAGACAUCGUCAGGAAAAACGCAUACUAUGGAGGGGAAGCUGCACGACCCUCAGCUCAUGGGAAUCAUUCCGAGAAUUGCACAUGACAUCUUUGAUCACAUCUAUUCCAUGGAUGAAAACCUGGAGUUUCAUAUAAAGGUUUCCUACUUUGAGAUAUAUUUGGACAAAAUAAGGGACCUACUUGAUGUGUCAAAGACAAACCUCGCUGUACAUGAAGAUAAAAACAGAGUCCCAUAUGUUAAGGGUUGUACAGAAAGAUUUGUAUCUAGUCCUGAGGAAGUUUUGGAUGUCAUUGAUGAAGGGAAAGCUAACCGUCAUGUAGCCGUUACAAAUAUGAACGAACACAGCUCUAGGAGCCACAGUAUCUUCCUCAUCAAUAUUAAACAAGAGAAUGUGGAAACUGAGAAGAAACUCAGUGGAAAGCUUUACCUGGUAGACUUGGCUGGAAGCGAGAAGGUCAGCAAAACUGGAGCGGAGGGCGCUGUUCUCGAUGAAGCUAAAAAUAUCAAUAAGUCUUUGUCUGCUUUAGGCAAUGUGAUAUCUGCCUUGGCAGAAGGAACUAAAACCCAUGUUCCGUACCGAGACAGCAAAAUGACCCGAAUACUUCAGGAUUCCCUUGGUGGGAACUGCAGAACCACCAUCGUUAUAUGCUGUUCUCCUUCUGUGUUCAACGAAGCGGAAACAAAGUCGACCCUGAUGUUUGGACAACGAGCUAAGACGAUUAAGAACACGGUCUCUGUGAAUCUGGAGCUGACCGCGGAGGAGUGGAAGAAAAAGUACGAGAAGGAGAAAGACAAAAACAAGAGUCUAAAGAAUGUUAUCCAGCACCUAGAGCUGGAACUGAACAGGUGGAGAAAUGGAGAAGCUGUGCCUGAAGAUGAACAGAUCAGCGCAAAGGAUCAGAAGAACCUGGAGCCUUGUGAUAAUACCCCGAUUAUUGACAACAUCACACCGGUUGUUGCCAGCAUCUCGACAGAGGAGAAGCAGAAAUACGAUGAGGAGAUUGCCAGUCUCUACAGACAGCUGGAUGAUAAGGAUGAUGAAAUCAACCAGCAGAGCCAGUUGGCUGAAAAACUAAAGCAACAAAUGUUGGAUCAAGAGGAGCUUUUGGCCUCCACUAGGAGAGAUUAUGAGAAGAUUCAAGAGGAGCUGACCCGUCUUCAGAUUGAGAACGAAGGCAAAGAUGAAGUGAAAGAGGUCCUUCAAGCCCUGGAAGAAUUAGCUGUCAAUUAUGACCAGAAAUCCCAAGAAGUGGAAGACAAAACAAGGGCCAACGAGCAGCUGGCUGAUGAGCUGGCACAGAAGAGUAGUGCCCUGACAGCGACCCAGAGGGAGCUGGGCCAGUUGCAGGAGCUCAGUAACCAUCAGAAGAAGAGAGCUACAGAAAUCUUGAACUUGCUGCUUAAGGACCUGGGAGAGAUUGGAGGAAUCAUUGGUACUAACGAUGUUAAAACAUUAGCAGAUGUGAAUGGGGUGAUUGAGGAGGAGUUCACCAUGGCACGGCUUUACAUCAGCAAGAUGAAGUCUGAGGUGAAGUCUCUGGUGAACCGUAGCAAGCAGUUGGAGAGCGCCCAGAUAGACUCCAACAGGAAGAUGAACGCCAGCGAGAGGGAGCUUGCAGCUUGCCAGCUCCUCAUUUCACAACAUGAAGCAAAGAUCAAGUCCCUUACAGACUACAUGCAAAAUAUGGAGCAGAAGAGAAGGCAGCUGGAAGAGUCACAGGACUCUCUCAAUGAGGAACUUGCCAAGUUACGUGCUCAAGAAAAAAUGCACGAAGUCAGUUUCAAGGAUAAGGAGAAGGAGCAUCUGACCCGGCUUCAGGACGCAGAGGAGAUGAAGAAGGCCCUGGAGCAGCAGAUGGAGAGUCACAGGGAAGCCCACCAGAAGCAGCUGUCCAGGCUGAGGGAUGAAAUUGAAGAGAAGCAGAAAAUAAUCGAUGAAAUCAGAGAUAUGAAUCAGAAGCUGCAACUGGAACAAGAGAAACUGAGCGCUGAUUAUGAUAAAUUAAAAAUUGAGGACCAGGAAAGAGAAAUGAAACUGGAAAAGCUCAUACUGCUUAAUGAUAAAAGGGAACAAGCAAGAGAAGAUCUUAAGGGGCUGGAGGAAACAGUGGCAAGAGAACUUCAGACUCUUCACAACCUACGCAAACUGUUUGUCCAAGAUCUUACCACCCGCGUUAAAAAAAGCGUUGAACUUGACAGUGACGACGGAGGUGGAAGUGCUGCGCAGAAGCAGAAAAUUUCCUUUCUUGAGAACAACCUGGAACAGCUUACAAAGGUUCACAAACAGUUGGUACGUGAUAAUGCAGAUCUUCGUUGUGAGCUUCCUAAGCUGGAAAAACGACUUAGAGCUACGGCAGAGAGAGUUAAGGCCCUGGAGAGCGCACUGAAGGAGGCCAAGGAGAACGCCAUGCGAGACCGCAAACGGUACCAGCAGGAGGUAGAUCGCAUUAAGGAGGCUGUGAGAGCCAAAAACAUGGCACGGAGAGCACACUCUGCUCAGAUUGCCAAGCCCAUCCGCCCUGGUCAUUACCCAGCGUCUUCUCCAACGGCUGUCCAUGCCAUCCGAGGGGGAGGGAUGUCAAACUCCAGCUACUAUCACAACACCAAAUAGACGAGAAGUCAAUUCCACUUAGCAUGUUAAGGACUGUCAUUAAGUCACUAGUUUCUUUUUUUCCCCUCUUCAACCCGAUCCACAUCCUAUUCAUCCUGCGCUUCCUACAGCCAUCUGCGAUGCACUGGUCCCAGGUAUUUUGAGCUUCGUAGGAUCUCCACGUGUACAGAAGCGUUCAGCUCAACUCUUCUACAGAUACUUGUACAAUGUAUUUAACAUAACCAUCUAAGUAACGAUAGGAAGUCUGCCACUCAGAAUCUCUCACUGACUGCGUUUGACCCCUUGGCGCUGGUUAGGUUGGGGCUUUUACACUCAGAUUGAUGCUUUUUCGAAGUCCUCUGUUGCAUCAGUAAAUCCCGACUUCUGGCAUCAAAGAAUUAAUUAUUCAAUGACCAAGUGCCAUCAAAGGCAGGUGAUUGUGCUCUGUCAUGACUGAUUUACUGUAUAAUAUACAUAUUAUUUUAUAUUUUUAGGGGAUGAAAAUGUGCUGCUAUAUGGUUUAAUUUUACUGCUUACAUUUUCAGAAGUAAAUUUCCCCAAAGAACCAUUUGUAAUAUCCUGAUAAAAUCUUUGGACUGUAUAAAAUAACCUUUAUUGCAGUACCUGGUAAAGAUCAAACGGGAUGCAGAGAAAUCUGUUAGUAUAGAUCUAGGUUUUGAAGUUUGGUAGUUACAUAUCUGUGUGACCUAUCUUAAAAUUAAGAUCUGAUCUGCUUGUAGUUCUCCCUACGGUGGUGGGUUUUCCUGGAGUGUGAUGGCUAGCCAUGUGUUUGUAAGCGUUGUUCUCUAUGAAAUUUUGAAGGCUUUCAGAAUGCUGUGGAAAUCUUGUCUUGGAAAAGCCAACAAGCAUCCCCCCCCCUCCCUUUCCCACAUGCCUUCGGCAAGCCCUGAUCUGUUCACACCGGAAUUCAGAUACCGGAGUGAACAGUCCCCUACCAGAACAGAUGCGACCUUAAAGAAAGAAAGAAACAAACAAAUCCCCCAAACCCCAGCCCCUACCUUAAAAAAAUUAUAUAGAGAGAGUCCAAAAGGAGGUGAGAGUUGCACACUCGAGCUGUCCUUUGCAGACCACAUUUGGGAAUACGUGUGUUAGGAGGUGAAGAGCAUAUUGCAAGGGGAAGAGAAUGUCUUUAUAAGUUACAAUAUGCAAGUCGUCCCACGGAUGGUACACUUGUGCGCACGGAGGCAAGGAUGAGACCGCUUGCCUUUCUGGGAUCUCUCUCUCGUGCCAGACAGCAAGUUUCCAUCUUCCCAGCAAGGGGGCACUGGAAUCGUUCUGGGAAGGUUCUGCUGGCAGGCAGAAGCUACUGCUCCUCCUCCCUGCCUACCGCUUCCGUGCCACACACACAUAUCCUCCAGAUAUAUUCAGACGUGCAUAGUAUGCAACCUUACGUCUUAACGAAGCGUGGAUUCUAGGAAGGUUACGGCCGAGCAUAGCCCUCUAGUCUUGUUUUGCAGACAUUUGCUCUUAUUUAAUUUGAGAUGGAUUUUUUUUUUUUAAUUUCUGAACAUGUUUGUUAGUAGAUGUAGAACUAUUUAGUUA